AAGAAAAGAGAGGAAAGGAAGAAGGGCAGAGAAGGAGGCACUAGCCGCGGUGCGGCUCAGAAGCCUUGCUCUUGCCCGACCGUUAACGUCGCUGGAAGCGCCGCUGCCGCGCGGUUCCUAGCCCGCCACAGCCUGUGUGGUCAACCGAGGAAAGGGCUGCCCCUUUGCCGCUCACGCUUCUCCGCCUGUACACAUAUAUACACACACAGAGCCUCCGAGCGCGUCUCCGCAGGCAUGAGACUCCGGCUGCUCCUGUGUGUCGUGUUUUUCCUCCUGGCGAGCCUCCUGCCUGCCGACGGACAGAGGACAGCCAACCUGGCCCUGCGCAGGAAGCUCCACCGGCACGGCUGCUCCCACCGGCGCUGCGUGCCUCUCCACUCCAGGGUGCCCUUCCCCUGAGCCCUGCUGGAGCCUGGCCCAGCAAUUGCAUAAUGGGCUUUCAGUGUUUUAAAGGAGCAACAGUUAAACUGAUGAAGUUAGUCAGCAGUCCAGAUCAACAACAGCUGGCCUGAGAGAGCCACUGCAGUCCUGUCUUCAUCAGUCCUAUCUGUCACAUUCUGCAAGACCUGGAAGGCCCUGGCCCACACCUUAGGAAGUGUGGGGGGGGGUAGAAAUGGAGGGUGGUGAUGGGAAGAUGUACAUGAAACUUACCUGGCUGAAACAUUCCAUAUAAAUUCCGUGGCUCUCAUAAGGACUACUGAAAGUUGAAGACCAAAUUAAACAUCAGGUACCUGAGGUGGAUUUUCAGUGGCCUUAAGGAUCUGUACAAAGGGACUCUUAAUGGUCUGUACUGUUCAGACUGAAACUGGAUGUGCUGUUGACUACUUUAUUCAGGCUGUGUAUAGAGCAGCAUUUAAGGUGAAACAUCAGACUCCAGUACAGAACUGCGAAAGUCCAUUUUUUUGUUUAUACUUUUAUAUAUUAAUAAUAUAUACAGCUAUAUUUUUACAGCUAACAUUACAUCUUUAUGGAAUUGCCUUAACAAUAAUGUAGAAUGUAUUACUGUACCAGUACCAAAGCCAUCACUACAGUACUGGUCCUACUGGCUUCAUGUAUAGUAAGCACAGUAGGAGUUUACAGUGUAAGAAAGCGAAGAAAGUAUUAUCCCUCGUUCUAUAGAUAGAGAAUUGAAGCACAUGAAGAUAAGAGAUGAGCCAAGGGUCAUGCAAAACUUUGAUAACUUGUAUCCCUGAACUCAGGCCUUAAGGUCAAGCCCAUCUUCCUGUCUAAUGAGCUGUUACUGCAAAGCCUAUCAUUUGUUUUCUUAAACCGGGCUGCCAAACCAGACAGCUGAAGCAUACUUGAAAAUUCAGAACUAUAGAACUAUUUGCUUAAUAGUAGUUUUCCUAAAAUACCUAUUACAGUAUUAUAAAUAGAGCAUAAAAAUAGACCAUUGAAAAGAAACCUUUGUUUGGUGAACCCCAGUGUUGCGUAGUACUCUAUUUCUGUAAUUUAAAUGAAUGGGAUAUCUGGAACACAGUACUACAAUGAAUGGGAACUUCAAACAGAAAACAGGCUGUUCUUUUCAGUCCUGGAGGUCAAAAUUACAGUGAGCUUUUAUUUUAUGGUUUGUUUUCAAAAAUAUACAUUUUGCAUGUUUUUAUAUCACCAGAAAUUCCAAACGUGCAUAUAAAGGAAAACACACUAGCCCUUUCAUUAGCAGAACUAAACCCAAUCUGAAAUAAGUCAUACCCAGAUUUUUAAGUCAUAACACUAGUGUUGCAAUGUCCACAUUUUUUAUAAGUUGUAUAAAGAUGAGUGAAGAUCAGCAGUGCCAUGGUUUAAAUCCAGUAUCAUAUUUUUGUCUUGCAACAUGGUUUCUAAUAAGAACAGUAAUCAAGAAAAGCAGACAGCUGAAACUUUCUGACCAGUGCCCAUAUCUAACCCCUCAUCCCUAAGAACUUGAAACCUGAAUCAGAUUCACACUGGAAGAGCUUAACAGCAGUUUCAAAUGUCUCUGUAUAGAGAGAGAAAAAAAACCCCAAAACCCACACACAAAAUCCCCAAACAUCACACCUUAUUCUGGAGUUCUAGAAAAUCAUGAAAAGAUGGUCAAACUUAUCUAUACCAACAGUCCUGCAGAUAAACCUUCGGAAUUUUGAGGAAACAAAACCAAAA